AUGUCGUCGUUUCAGCCCUUCCGCUUUCUGGACCUGCCUGGCGAGAUCCGCAACAACAUUUAUGACGUGCUGCUCUGUUCGUGGGACGAUGAGCUCGAGCAUGACCCACGCAUCAUCAGCAACCUCAGCCGGCGCGUCCCAAGCAACCCGUCGCCAGCCCUUCUCCGCGCCAACAAGCAAGUGCAUGCCGAAGCGUCGGACUACAUGAUCAAGCGCAACCAGUUUGUACGCAUCACGUGCCGAGGCAUGGACGUGCGGAAUCUCUUCCUCGGCGAUGGGAUUCCCGUCAUUACCACGGAUGCUCGCAAGGUCAGCUUGUUUGACGGCCAUGUGAUGCAUAUGACGCUGUCCAAGCCAGCCUUUGUGCGGUCGGUAUUCCAGUUUUCCGAAUAUGAAAUCAUGAUGCUGCGGUCCGACUUGCCCAAGCUGUUGGAGCAGCUGGACAUUGAGACGGUCAUGUCUGAUGCCAACUCGACGACGAGCGAGCAUGUCUCGAUGCAAGCGUCGAUCCGACUCAACUACGCCCAAACGCGCUUCUUUUCGCCCAAGAUGCAGGAAGGGCUUUUGCAGCCGAUUGCAGCGUCUUUGCGUGGGGUGCCAAAGCUUCAGAUUGUUGGGCGUGUUGACAGUGGCCUGGCCGAGGCAGUCAAGGCCGAGGUGGCGAGGCCGCGGUGGACAGAAGCCAAGGCGACGAUUGAGGAGAUUGGCACGGGUGUAGACGUUGGCAAGCGCCAAUGGCAGCAGAACAACGUGUACGCAGCGUCGGGGUCGUGGGCAUACGCGCUGCGGACGCUGGAGCGCAUGCGGCACAGCUCGUCAUGGGCCGGACUGCAGAAGGCGGGCGGGCAGGAGUUUGUGAACAAGAUUGCGGAUCUCUACUUUACGCUCAACCUGCUGCACGCGCAGUUUCUGCAGAUGGACAUGGCCAACGACGAGUGGCGAGAGGGAGCACUGGUGGGCGGCAACGGACGCGUGGCGAUUCAGCACCUGCGCAAGUGCGAGACUGCGAGUGCGCGAUUUGCACAGCACGCGGGGGCUACGUGGGCGCCUAGCAACGAGCAGUCGGCUAAGAUGCUGUUCCGCCAUGCACGAUGCCUGAGGCUGAUGGGUGAGCCGGGCAGCAGGGUCAAGGCGGUGACGAUGAUUGAAGAAGCGGCAGCGCUGGCCCCGACGGACGUGGGGAUUCGCGACGAAAAGGAGGCCGUGUUAGCGUGGGAGGCCGAGGGGGAGGAGCAGCGGCGCUUGGCGGCAGCCGAGCAGGCGGUUGAGGAGCGGCUGUCCAUGUGGCAGUCUUUCCUAGGGGCUGUGGCGGAGCUUGCAUCAUGA